UGGAAACAAUCAAUCAAUCCAAGGUUUUUAGGGUUUGCGAGCUAUGGUGGAGGUCGUGUGUGUUUGAAUGCUUGUCGUGUGCCCAAGCCAAAGCUCGAGGACAGACAAUAGAUUGAUGUUGUGUAGCCAUGGAGAAUGAGAUGCUGAUUUCAACGAGCAUCGACGAAUGUAUGCAAGAAGCAAAGUAAAGCAAAGAGUCUGCACCGUGAACAAGGAGUGUUGCCCACAGCAAUUCAGUUUUUGAGAAUCCGUGACCUGUGGACCUGUGUCGGAGUAAUCCUUCCUGCCCUUCGUGUGCACGAAUUUUUUGGGAGAUGGUUCGGAUUUUCCUCGUAUAUCGCUUUGUACUUGCUGGAAAUACGCUACCCUGAGCUGAUGAUUUCUGUGGUGUCUUGAAUUGGUGAUGUUUUUAUGGUUAUUUUCAAUGGCUUUUUGUGCGAUCUGGGAGCUUGUGAGGAUUAUGCUACCGUAUGUGAUUUUAUUGCAAGAGAUGGUGAUCCGAGACCUCAGUAGAUAGAUGCAGGCGCCUAUUGAGAUUCCGGGGCUUGGAGAAGCGGCAAUUGAUGAGGAUCGCAAUGAAGCGGUCGAAUUUUGCGGCGCUGCUACUUGUAGUUUCGGUGCAUUGCAUCUUUGGGGGUGCCGCUGACGUCGAAGAUCAGGCAGUUCAGGAAUCUAGCGGAGAUGAGUUGCACGACAGUCCCGUAUCUUGGGGAUUUGAAAACUCCUUUGCGAGUGACAAUGGCGGAGGAGCGAUUGAUUGUGGAGCCGCGCUCUUACAAGGGCGACGUCUUCGCCAGGAAGACCGCAUUCUUUGCCUGUCCAACAUUGUGCUGCCUCCACAUGGUGGUCUGGUAGAUGUGAGGGUGAGCAUGUACGCAGUUUUUGACGGUCACACCGGUGACGAAGCCAGUCAACUGGCAUCUCAAAUCCUACACAAAAGGUUUCUACAUCACUUGUACAGAAGAGUUACUCCCCCGCCUCCGACAACUCAUUCUAGCCAUAUGCUAGGAUUGCCCUCUGUCGGUGGAAAAGGGAACUCGAUACAUCAGAAGAACAGUGAUGUCAAGCUCGGUCAUCGUCAAGACACUCCGAUGCAUGAGUCUAACGUGGCCAUGGAAAACUCGACUUCAAAUGCAAACAUGACGAGAGCAUCAGGGGAUAUGUUUUUGCACUCCGCUCUUGGGGUUAUUUUGAAGGAGGCGCUUGACGACGCUAUUGCAGAUAUUGAAUUAAGAUUUUCAGUAGAAGCAAACGAGAGAGGCCUGCAUGCAGGCAGUACCGCGUGUGUGGUCCUUCAGGUAGGCGACCACUUGUUGGUAGCCAGUCUUGGAGACUCCAAAGCAAUUCUCUGUCCUGUUGCGGCUUGUUCAUCGCCUCCAGAUACAUCAAGUGACUUGCUUGAGACUAGAAGAAAGGAAGCUCUAAAACGAAGACUGAACAGAAUGGAUUCAAAGGCUCCUAUUGCGGGUACUUGUGCGGAUGGCCAGUCUAUCCUCGAACUCACCAGAGAUCACCAUCCUGAUAGAGAGGACGAGAAGCGAAGAGUUGAAGGUGCUGGGGGCUUCGUCAGUGAUUAUGGAGGUAUACCACGUGUUAAUGGGGAAUUAGCAGUUUCAAGGUCAAUAGGUGACCUGGCAUUCAAGAAAUUUGGAGUCAGCGCAGAACCAGAGUGGACUGGCUGGCUCAAAAUCGGUAGUAAUGCCAGUCACCUCGUUGUAGCUACUGAUGGUGUUUUCGAGAGGUUGACGACUCUCGAAGUUUGCAACGUCGUAUCCGCUGUCAUGUCAGGCACUGAUGUUUCUAUUGCUUUAGGUUUACCAGUAGGGAUAGACCCUCCGAUAGCACUACCUCCCAGAAAAGAAGAGUCGAAAGAAAAGCAGAAAUCAAGAGCUAUUGUCCCUGUUCCUCAAGGCGAAUUCGGCUUUGCAUCAGAAAAUUCAGAUGCAGAUUUUGCAAAAGCUAUUGUGGAUGUAGCUUUCAGUUCUGGCAGCAGGGACAAUCUUGCUGCAAUUGUUGUUCCUCUUCGUAUUGGUACUACCCAAGGCCAUGAUUUAAAAUCAGAUGAAACUCACAGUAAGGGUCAUGCUGCCGACAAGAUGUCAGAGGUUGUGAGGACGUCUUCUCCUAUUUUGAUUGAUGUAACUGGAAGUUUGGUGGACGGAGAAUUCGGAAGAGGGAAGUCACUGCUUAUUUCUGGAAUGCUGGUGAAAGGUCUUGGAGGUGGGGACUGUUACGAGCUCAUUGACACAGUUGUGGGUAGUUCUAUUCUUCCAUUGCGACCUGUCAUUGAGUAUUCUUCUACCGAAAACUUCAACGAGGCAUUCAAACUCGUAGAUCGACUGCCAGCAAGUGCUCAUCACGGAGGGAUUCCUGGCGGUCAGUUGGAAAUUUAUCGAGAGCAUCUAAUCUGCACACCAGAAGCUACAGUAGAAGGGAACGUCAAGGAGAUGUGUUUACCACCUGAAGGCCUUUCACGAUUUCUGAAUAUUUUUGGAUCGAUUCCAUUAGACAAGCAACAAUUGAUGCCAAAAUACUGGGAUACAGAAGGUCGAUCUCGAGACUCGGAACUGGUUCCACCUUACUCUGUAAACCACCACAGAUACAUGUUGCAGAAGAACUUUGCACGAGGUGCUUUUGGCGAGGUAUGGUUAGCCGCGAAGAGACCAUGUAUGAAACAAGAGAUCAGAGAGUUCUCUCCCGUGCACAAUGCAUUUCAAGAGACCAACUUGUCUGAACCUCAAGAUACUGGUCACAUUCCAGGUGGCAAAUUCUCCAAAAAACAACCCAAUUACAACGGCUGGGCAUCAGGACAUUUUCGGCAUGAGGACACGUUUAUAUUGAAAAGAAUUAUGGUUGAGAAAGGUAGCCAUGCAUAUCUCAGUGGCCUCCGGGAAAAGCACUUCGGAGAGACAAUUCUCAACGCUACCCAAGCUAUUAAAAAUUCCAACGAUCAGAGUUUUUCUGCUCCGGGUGCUGGCACUAACCACAAGGACGCUUACUGGAAGCCUAGUUCUUGGAAUCCCAAAAAGGUGUUGGAAUUCUUUAGUGCGGGCAAUGUGAGCAGCCAAACAGAGGACACUGACUCUGGUCUUGACCACAUAGCCCGCUACGUGGAAUCUUUUGAGUGGCCAGGCGAAGAAUUGUGGCUUGUUUUUCACUGCGAAGGAAAGUCCUUGUCCAGCCUCAUGUACACUGUGAGCCCUGGGGUGGACGCUGAGGAUGAUAGGGAUAGUAGGAGCUUCAAAGUUGUACAGCCAUCUUCAUGGUGGCGGUGGCUCAAAACAACUGAAGCAGGCAAGAUGGAAAUGCGUAGCAUUCUACACCAGUUGCUACUGGCCGUCAAAGCUUGUCAUGACCGCAACAUCACUCAUCGAGACAUAAAACCUGAAAAUAUGGUAGUUAGUGGAGGUCGUGGAAGUGAGUGGCCCUCAAACCUGACGGUGCGGUUAAUAGACUUCGGAAGUGCUAUCGAUAAAUACUCUUUGGAUCAUUUGUAUGGCUCCUCUGGUCCUUCGCAGGCGGAGCAAACAGCGGAAUAUGCUCCUCCAGAGGCCUCUCUCAGCCAACACUGGCUCUACUUUCACCCUGGUCAAACGCACGUCUAUGACAUGUGGAGCGUGGGAAUUGUGGUGCUUGAACUAGUGUUAGGCACCCCGCAUGUAUUCCAGAUUAGCGCUCGUACUCGGAUUCUUCUAGAGCAACAGCUUGAAGGCAUGGAUGAGGCAGCCAAGAAGACAAUUUUCUUACUGAGAGCUUAUUUGGAGAUGUGCAUCUUGGUCCCACGUAUCCCACCUCAGCACCAUCAUCAUUAUCAACCAGGCAGUGGUGAACAAUCUGAGGAAGUGCGGUUAGCUGCCUGGAAGUGUACAGAAGAGUCGGUCAUGCAGCAGAUUAAGCAGCGGGACCCGCUUGGAAUCGGGAUGCCUGAUGUCUGGGCAUUUCGACUUCUUCGUGAACUGUUACAAUGGUAUCCUGUGGAUCGGAUCUCAGUUGAGGAGGCUUUAAAGCAUCCUUACUUCCAUCCCAGUCAUCAGAGGUGAUUUAAACAUUCAAUGGACCAUCAUAUUGGUAACAUGAUUUCAUAUCUAGAGCCAGGGUUGGUCAAACCAAUCCCUUAUCAGAUAGCCAACACGGAGCUCGGUUGCCUCUACAAUUUGGUGGUGUUAUCUCGCAUGCGGUUUGCCAACGAGUAAAAAAAUCUUUUUGAGAUCUUUACACGUGCAGGGCCGAUCCUUGAGAGUCCUAGGGGAGCUGCCAAUGCAAAUCCAAGAAUUGAAAACCAAUUGUCAAAGAAACCAAAUGAGAUUGGGAGCUUCUUAACUGAAGCCAAAGGCUGUUCGCCGCGGAACCCAAAGGAUUUAAAAGCAGAAGAAGAUGACAAGUUGUACCACUCCCUGACUUUGUUGUCGCAAUCGGCGGCAUGUCCUUGUGAGUAUUUUUAGCCGGAGCAGUUUCGCGCUUCCUUUUGGGCUGGGAACAUCGUGAGACUCUUGGCAGUAAGUUUCGAAUAGUCACACUGUGCGAAUGACGGGACUCUCCUAUUAUUAUAGGAGAGCAAGAUUAGUAAUGUUGUUUAGCCAAAGUGUAGAGCUAUUGUUCUUACGUCCUUGGAUUUAGAUUUCCUGGAAGUUUCGACCUUGAGCCAUGUUACAGCUCCAAGCAACACGAGCAUGCUUCUCAGGAGUAAUUUCAUAUCGUGAAGGUAUUCCGAGGAAUUUUGCAGCAACACAGUUUUUUAAAAACCAUCAAGAACUUGCUUGCGCGUAGGGCCUCGGAUAAGGCCUUCGGGCGCGGUAACUAGUGGUGCAGAUGACUGUGCCGGAGGAAGCGUCUGCUUCGGAGAAGGAUGAGCUGUAGAGAUAAACUAGCAGGAAAAAAGAUAUUCCAGUGAUUCAGAGGACACAUCUUUGUAGUACCAGCUAAGCACGGCAACGAGGUCUGUGAGGGGAUAUCGAUGAUUCAGGAGAGCAGAGGAUGCAGGUCGACAGCAGGGAUGUCGGCAUCCACGUCAAAGGUGUCGACAUCCACAGCAGCAGCGCGAGGGGGCUCAUUCGGCAUGAGAUUUUUUUUUUUUUUUUUUUUUUUUUUGUUAAUCUUGAGAGGUGUGAGAGGUAACAGAUAUAGCAAGAAGACGAGAGCGGAGGUCGCCCUUGUGAGAUUCUCUCGGUUUUUUUGUUGACCCAAGAUUAGAAUAGACGGGUAGAUCACAAGAUUGAGCAGGUGGUAGGCGAAGACUGAGCAGUGGCUUAGGAAUUUUUGAGAUCUAGUUAAGAGCGGUAGCAGUGAUUCUGGUGUCGUUCCGAAGCUCCGACUCACAUGGUUCUAGUGGUUCUACAGACGUACUGGUUGGAGCAGCAUUGACUCCAUACGUUGCGCAAUUUGGACAUUGUGAUUUGGAUAUCGUGUAUUGCUGCGAGAGCUCCUGAUGCAAAUGCUAUAUAAUAAAGAUGUUUAAAAUUUUGAA